AUGCCAACCAGCCCUCCGAAGCUACAAGAACCAAAGGGAUACAAGAGAGCGGGCGGAGACAAUACGUGCGCGUAUGUGAACGGUGAUCCAGAUAUCCCCCUAUACUGCGAUGUGAACUCCGCGUGUGUCUACAACUCAGUGAGAUCGAAUAUCGGCUGCUGCCCUGAUACGUCGACUACUUGUUCCAUUUGGACAACAUGCCUCGACUCUUCUGACAAGAACCUAUUCACGACUGACAAUGGCUAUACCCUGUGGUGUGGGUCCUCCGAGUAUCCCUACUGCAAGACGCAUCUCUACGAAGACGAUGUGUUCACCGGGUACACUCUAUUGGGAUGCGCGGUGGCGGCAGGAACAGACAGCGUAGUCUACAGCCCGACCUUGUCCAUGUCGGGUCUGUCUUCAAAAUCAUCUACCUCAGACAGCAGCCUCACAAGUAGCCUCGGUGUAGAGGCAACGAGUUCGAGUGCCCCGAGAGCAUCCAAUGUCGGCUCCACAACAACAAGCAGCAACGCAGCCAGCACGACCGCAGCGGCUAAACCCGGAAGCUCGUCGGCUCCAAUCGGUGCCAUCGUCGGGGGAGUUGUUGGUGGAGUAGCUGUCAUCGCGCUGUUUGCCUCGGGCUUGGUGCUCCUGCUCCGGAGGAGAAGGCAUCAUCAAGGACCAGCCAGCGACCCGUACACUCCGAUGAAUCCGCCCGGGGCCAACUCAUCGCAACAGCAUCCAUCGCAGCCAGCGAUGCAACAGCAGUUUCAGCAGCCGCAUCUUCAGCCGGCGCCUUCCCCGGCGAGCUUCGCGGCGGCAGCACCCGUGACGGACAAUCGUAGCUCCAUCGCAAAGCCCAGUCCAGUCAGCACUACUCAGCCUGUCUAUAGCCCAACUGCAGCAGGAAGCCCUCCGCCUCAGAGCCAGAGCCCUGGGGCGAUACCGCCGGCUUACCAGGCGACCAAUACCAGUACGAAUUCUCCGGCUGCAACACAAAGGAUCUCGCCGACGACCCCGAAUGCUCCUCACGAGCAGAGGCCUGGAAGUUAUGCCAAUCCAGGCUACCAAGACCACGCGCAGCCCGCAUACCAUCAGCACAACGGCCAUUACUACGAAAUGCCCACUGUCAAGAGUGAUCGGGAGCUCAGGGAACUGGCCUAG